AAAGACGAUAAAGAAAAAGAGAAACCGAAGAAGCCGCAAUCGAACGACGAUACCUGCUCAUGCGUCUCAUGCGCACUAAGAAAAAUCGUCGGCUCAGAAUACGCCUGCAUUGGCUGCCUUCUCCUUCUGUUCGCGAUAUCCAUCUUCAUCGCUUACCUGGUCGUCUGCAAGGGUGUGCCAGGCUUUGGCGAUGACGGCUGUAAGCUAAAAACCACGACAACGUCGACCACAACUAAAUGCAAAAAGUCUGUUGACAGUGAGCGGUUGAAGCGGAAGAUAGAACAGCUUAAUGGGAACCGGCUGAAUAAUGAUUAUCCCGGUUUAAGUGACUAUGAGAAGGAUUUAAAAAGUUACGAUGAUCCCAUGAUGUCGCCCAAUAAAGGCGUAGCUGGAAUAGAUUUUGGUCCAAGUUUCCGAGAAUUGAAUUCUCUGGAUGAGGCUCAGAGCAAAAUGUCCGGUGACGUCGACUGGAAUAGUGUCCUGGAUGCUGAUAAAAACAGUGAACUACAGAGCAGUGAUAAACUUCGAGAAUUCUACAAGAAACUAGUCCAAACUGACGCCAAAAUAAAAAAUCUAAAACACAUCAAUCAAGUUGAGAUGCAUUACCUUGACGAUGACUUACAAAAGACUCCAGACAAAUCGAAAAGAUCACUCAAAUUAUACCACUAUCCAAAGAAAUUACACUUCAUAAGGCACAGAAGGUCACUACUAAACAAAAACAAUGAUAGUCCCUAUGUGAAAAAGCGAGCAAUGAACAGGAGUCGACUGAAAAGGUUCAGCAACGAGUCAGAAGAACCGACAGGCUUUGUUAUAGAAAAGAAGAAACUCCUAGUCCAAUACAAACCAGCUGGAAGAAAGAAAAUAGCAGUAAAAAAGUGCUCACAUGCACCAAAAGACCUUCACAUCCACGAACAUCAGCUUAAACACCCAUUUUAUAAAAACACCCAACGUUUAGAUGAACUCCUAGAUAGAUUUUUAAACAAAAAUCUGCCAGAGAUCAUGUCUGAUCCAUUUGGUUUAGACGUGCUAUUCAAACAGAGUCCUAAUAAAGCUUGUAAGCAUCCGAAACCCCACAAAAAUGUGAAUAUAAUUGGCAAAGAGCCACGGAUAGACCAGAUACCGAAACCGAACCAGAAAAUGAAGAUGGCCAAGGAGGAAAAGAUGGAAUCUCCAUCUGAUCUCUUUAAGAUGCUAAGACCGGAGUCCACGACGCAGUACGAGAAGGACUUUUACCACCAUGAGGCACAGCUGAUUGGGAAGGAGAAGAUGAAGAUUGUGACAGCCAGUCCCAAUGACUUUGAAGUGCUCUUGAGCGUGUCUACUAUAAUGAACCCCGACAUGAAGCGGACAAAGGCUGAAAAAGUAGCAGGUCAUGGGGACAAAUCCCAAAUUCUGGGGAAAAUACCAAAUCUACGCCGUUUGAUGCAGCUGGAGGACGAAGAAGAUGAUACCCUAGGUUACGAAGACUUUAAAGAGGUGCUGAGAGAUGACAUGGAGAAUCAUGAUGAAAUGGAUAAGUCUGUAGAUCGGAAGAAACGGUCUGAUGAUAAACCACAAUUACCGACAGAGAAACCUAUUAAAUACAACCCACCAGGAGUUCAUAAUCCAAACUGGAAGGGACCCAUGCCUUUGUAUCCUGAUGAGCUUAAUUCCAUGGUCAAACAUGGGUCUUCUGACACUACCAAAGACCUUAAGAAUAAGGAUAGCCAAAUAAAAGACUUAAAUCUAAAAAGGAAAGGAAGAGAUGUAUCAGACGUGGAAUAUGUAGAAGACUAUCUGAAAAACAAAUACGAUAAACUAGUAGAAAUGGCCCAAGCAUACAGUGACUAUGGAGUUCUAGAUGGCAAAAAAGACACAAGGAAUGAGAAGAAUUCAGAUGAGACGGCUACUGAUAGAAGAAUCAAGUUGUCUGCUGAAGACAAUGUUUAUGGUCCCAAUCUUCUUGCAAGACUGAGAUCAGGUAGACUCCCAGAGGCUAUGACUAGAGAGGGAAGCAUCAGGAGACAGAGGGAUGUUUCUGACAAUGCCUCCUCUGACAACGCCUCCACUGACAACGCCUCCACUGACAAUAUUGAGCAGUCAGAUAUCGUCACCAACACAAUGUUUUUCACGAGCCCCUUCAGCUUCAGCCCCGUCGGUACUUACAACCCCUAUUCUGACGGCUUCCGCUUCCAAGUGAAGACACCCAACAAAACAAGAGAUGAAGAAGUCAGCCUGUUCAAUAUCUUCUCCAAACAUUUGCAAUUUAAGGCAAAGACUAAAGCGAACACUCUUCGUCAAACCCAAACAACGAUUACUCCGAAAUAUUCUUACCCUGAUUUAGAUUUGGUGAAAGCAAACAAAAUUGGGAAGCAUAACUCUUCCACCACAGAAGUAACAACUGCUCCUAUAGCAGAAGAUACGGAUCCAGAUGCUGGUGUCGUAUUUGCUCUUACCAAAAACAAAAGAACUCUUCUAUCAACGAACUUCGAGGUCACAGAAAACUUUGACGCUGUAGAAACUACUGCGAAUCAAGAGACUGCAGAAAACAAUAUCGAUAAUUUUGUCAAAGAUUUGGAUAUUAAAUCUAAUAGUGCAGCUAAUAAGAAAGCAUUAGCUCAUUAUAUAGAAGUUAUGAGACAGAAAAAUAUUAAGAUCUUUAGUACUGCUCAUCCAGAUUACAUUAAAAUUGGCACACCGUCUUCUGCUAACGAAGUGUCGAGUUUUGUGACAGCUAAUGCUAGUCUGAAACCGAUAUCAUCCCCAAUUGAUGAUAACCCCAUAAUAGACACAGUUGUGACUAUAAAUAGAACCGAAAUCAAAAUGGACGAAAACACAGGCAGCAAUUAUCUAGGAAAGAUAAUGCUGACAGUUGAAAAUCCGGAUUUUGGAGUCGAACACAUAAACUUAAUGUUUGAAGUUCCACUAAUCAUUAAUUUUAAUGAAGAACCAUUGAUGUUGUUCAAUGAUAGUGUAGGUUUUCCCGAUACAGAUAAUCAAUUUGACGCGUUCCCAGAAGCUAUUGUAAAACCGAAUGAGACUGAGUCACAGCCUAUUGAACCGGAUUUCGUAAUAGAUUUAAAGAACAGAACUAUAGUUAAAAGAAGUAAAGCGUUUAGUAAUCUAACUGCUACGUGGGUUGAUUAUAACGUAACUGAAACACCUGAAACAACAACUCCGAUGACUGUAAAUAGUAACAGAUAUAGUAAUAUGAACAUUUCACUCUUAACUCAUCGGUCACUGAAUAGCAGUUUUGAUUCGGAUAAUAUGACUUUAAGUGAUUUCUUUGCUAUGGUCUCCGAUUGGUUUAAAGUUCUUGAAGAUUUGAAGGAGACGAAACCGAGGCAGAAUAGUAUGUCUGACAUAAACGAUAUGCUAAAAACAGCAAAUACUUCCACUGAACCCAACGUCACAACUACGGACACUGCCUACCACCUCUACGAUGAUAACAGUGAUAAUAGCGGUCACAUCGGUAAUAUUGGUGGCUACAAGUCCAGGGUUCUUCUCUCAGUUGAUGAGAAUCCAGUCAAUGUGACAGAAAAGAAUGUGGAGGCCACUUCUAAUCUUACUACUCUUGACAUCAACAUCACUGGUGGUAAUGUAACCAACUCCACAAGUCCGUCAACUCCAUUCCUGAACCUCAACAAUAACAUAACAAUAAAACAGAAAGCAAACAUAGAAACCAAGGCACCACAGGGAGACAAAAAGAAAAAACUUAAAGUCAAAGCGAUCUUCAAAAGAAAUGCUGAAGACAGCAAUUUAAUAUUUUGGAAUGAUAUUUACGAUGACGAAUAUGGCGUGCAAGCUGACAACCUAGAUAAUUCUGUUAGGGACAAGCAUUCGGUAAAGGAUAAUGACUUUAUACAAAGAUCAGGCAGAUGGGUACAUGAGAAAAUAAGAAAGUUUGCCGAGAAUUUGAAAAUGAAUCCACGUAUAUAUAACUCCCCUAUCGAUCACCCUGGAGAUACGGAGCCCAAGGAACGAGUUCCACGAUCAGUCAAUAACAAUGAAGUGGGAUCGUAUCCGAAGAAUGUUUACGAAAAAAUUUAUAAAAAUCGUGUUGGACGCCAAGAGACUGACAACAAGGAUGAUGACGAUCUUGAUGCAGAUCAGAAAUCAAUUUUCUUGGCGUUGACGGCAAAUAUGAGAGAUGUUUGUCGAAAGGCGGCGAAGGCAGUUCAGCAGACUAGAAACAUGGAUUCACCGACAGAAAAAGGGAAACCAAGUAAUUCUGCUAAAUCAUCAGACUCACGGGAGGGAUCCGUAGCAUCCGCUCUGAUGCAGCAACUGGUCCGUCUUCUGACAGACCUCGUCGAUUAUCAGGUCCAGCAGAAAACUUGCUCAAAACUACCGAGUGACCUUCAAAAUUUCCUGGAAUGGCUGACUUACCCAAAGGAGGAGGCUCUGGAGGCCCAACCGGAGUCCUUAAUCUACAAACCUCCCUACCAGGACGAGGACCAAAUGGAACCGAUGCAGGAAAUGCAGACAGAAAGCGGUGACGAUUUAUUUGCAUCAGUUUCUAAAAAAUAUGAAGAUGACCAUGACAUAGACGUGAAACAAAUGAAUCGAGUUAAUGCCAUGGACGUGAGGGCUCAUUACAUGGACUGUAUCCAUUCCCUGCAGGAACUGAUGGACCAGUAUGAUGAUAUGAGUGAUGAAGACAAGAGUAAAAUGAUGGGUGUGAAGUCAUACCUUGAUAAUCAACUGAGAUAUCUGAACAAACAAAUGAAUGGAUACGAUUUGUAUUCGCUUCUUGAAAAACAAAACAUGGUGCGUCUCAAGAGAGACACAGACGAGAAGAAGAAGAAACACCCAAAACGACGUAGAUUGAGAAGAAAACUAAAUAAAUUCAUAAAAAGCUUUGGCAAGAAACAUACACGAACCACAGCUAGUUUCUACGAUGCAGUUCAAGUCACGGAUAUAAAGAGGGUCACUGUUAAAAAUGAUGAACGAGUUAUGGCAACAGUAGAUAAAAAUGACAAAUUAGCCAAAAGGAAUCUCAAAGAUGUGUAUUACAAAGCAGUGGCUGAUGCUAAAAAGCAUGCAACAGCUACUAAAAACGUUCAUAAGAACAGUGAAAUGACACACGAACCCAGUACGGUGAAGAUGCAAAAAUGAAUGUUGGAAUUAUAGAGGAUUUUGGAAAUGAAGCUAGCGUAUCGGGAUAAGAUGUAAAUGACAAUAGUUUUGUUGUUAGGGUUCGGAAAGUCAUU